AUGCUUGAGUACGCAAAGAAGUUGGAAGCUUACAUGAAAAGUGGUAGCAGACACCCUGUCUAUCCCUGGACAGUAGCUUCUCGCAUUAGGCAAUUCCCGUAUGCAUGGUAUUAUCAGAACAACACUUUCGUUCGUUACUACGUCCUCUCAAUGCCAGUAUUCUUGCCCCUCGGUGUUUAUCUUCUCUACAAAGCCCACUUUAUCAAGAAGAAACUGACUCAUAACUAUGAUCCAUUCAAUCCCAACGAAAUUCCCGUCCAGAAAAUUGGACAUCAUUAG